AUGAUUUCUAUCUUUGAUCUACUGGUCUGGGCCUGUUUGGCUCCUGGCAUCAUAGCCACUCUGAACCCUCGGGCUUUGAACUCCACUGCUCCAAAGGUGAAGGUGAAGAAUGGUACCUAUGUUGGCUUCCAUGAUCCUGUCCUCAAUACAGACAACUUUUAUGGAGUUGCAUAUGCGCAGCCACCUCUCGGGGAUCUGCGUUUCCGACAGCCGCAGUCUCUCAAUACUACUUGGCCUGGUAACCGCGUUGCGGUAGACUGGCCCAAUGAGUGUAUUGCAUCAUCUUACAGUGCCAAUAUGUCUGAAGACUGUCUUUACAUGGGCAUCAUUCGCCCUGCAAACACUACACAGAAAACAAAUUUGCCGGUAAUGGUCUUUCUGGAGCAAGGUGGCUUUGAUAAUGGUGGUGUUGGCUUCUUUUCAGACUUCAACCAGACAUGGAUUGUUCAACGCUCUUCUGAUAUCGGAUUCCCCGUCCUCGGAGUUGCUGUCAACUCCCGCCUAGGUCCAUGGGGCUUCAUGUAUAGCCAAGAGAUACAAGACUCACUCAACACCAACUUAGGACUACGAGAUAUGCGAAAGGCGCUUGAGUGGAUCCAAGAGAACAUCGCUGCUUUUGGAGGAGACCCUUCACGCGUAACCAUUCAAGGACAAAGUACUGGAGCACAAUCUGUGGGACUUCAACUCCUCGCAUAUGGUGGAGACAACGCCAAUCUCUUCCACGGCGCCAUUUCAGAAAGUGGUGCCCCCGUCUGGUAUGCACCAACGGCAGAUGUAAGCCUAUGGCAACCAACUUACGACGGAUUUGUCAAAGCAGCAGGCUGCAGUUCUGCAAAAGAUAGCCUACAAUGCCUCCGAGACGUAUCCAACACGACUCUCAUCAAAAUCUUCGGCAACACGACCCUUGACCCCUUUGGUUCCAAUGCACCACGUGAGUUCAUGAUGGCCGUAGACGGCGACUUCAUCCCAGAAGCAAACAGCGUUCUACUUCAAUCAGGAAAAUUCGCGCGCGUUCCAUAUCUCAUCGGUACCAAUUUCGAUGAAGGCACGACCGUCGGGCCGAGGGGUGUUAAUAACCUCAGUGAUUUCAACGCAUACCUCAUCGACGAGAUGAUGACCAUCGAUAGCGCCAGUUUGUCUACUAUUGGCUAUCUGUACCCCGAUAUCCCAGAAAUUGGCAUUCCGACCACUUACGACGGCCGUCCUCCGGCCACCGAUGAUUAUGGACUUCAAUGGAAGCGCUCAUGUGCUGUUGGGACGGACAUCAUCAUGGAUGCACCUACCCGUCUCACGACAUUAUCCAUGGCGUCAUACAAUUCAACAGUGUAUCGAUACCACUUUAAUAUCGUUCCAAAUGGAUAUACCGAUCUCCAAGGAGCGACUCAUGCAGCGGAGGUCCCGUUAACGUUUUAUAACAUUGCUGGGCUCGGUAGUACUGUUCCGCCACUUGGUGGACAAAAUGGUGCUAAGCUACUCAAAAUGGCACAGAUCAUGAGUGCCAUGUGGAUUGGAUUCGCUUAUGGUGGAGAUCCGAAUUAUGUUAUUCAGAAACUUGAGCCGGAGGUUCCUGAGUGGCCUCCUUAUACGCUACCUGAGCCGAGGAACUAUGUUUUCACGAUUAAUGAGACGCUUUAUACUGAGCCGGAUACAUUUCGGGCGGAGGGCAUUAAUUGGCUUAUGGAUAUGAUGGUUGCUUCGAAGAAUAGAAACUGUACUAGUAUUGCGGCGUGUGGAGGUGCUGCGGAUGCUAUGAAUGGGGAGACUGGGGGUAUUUAUGGUUUUUAA